AUGGGUUUCGUAUUCAAUGUUGUGGAGCACGUCCUACCGGGUCAGCACAUUCGCGAGUAUGUUCAUAGCAUCAAUGGCCCUCAAGAGACUGUUGUACAACUCGCUAUCAAGCAAUAUAUUCCUAAGGAUCGGCCCAGCCUGGUUCCAAGAAAUGCAAUCACUAUCAUUGGGACUCACGGGACGGGGUUUCCGAAGAAGGAACUAUACGAACCAUUAUGGGAGGAUUUAUAUACCAAACUGAAGACAAAUUCAAUUCCUCUCCGUGCAAUAUGGGUCGCCGACAUAUCAAAUCAAGGUGCAAGCGGCAUCUUGAAUGAGGAUAUUCAAGGUGAUACGAAUUUUCUAGCAAACUGGUUUGAUCAUUCUCGGGAUCUUUUACACAUGAUCAACCAUUUUCGUGAGGAAAUGCCUCGACCAAUAAUUGGCGUUGGUCAUAGCAUGGGAUGUGCCCAGCUAGCCGUUCCAGGACCCAAUCCCGCCAAAUUCGCUGCCGUGAAAAGAGAUAUAUGGCCAUCGAGGCAGGAAGCACAGGAAGCCCUGCGCAAAUCACUCCGUAAAUGGGAUUCUCGUGUAGUUGAUCGAUACCUUGACUUCGGACUUCGAUCAGUACCUACACGGUUAUACAAUCCUGACACUGAUCCGAGCGUGCCCGCAGCUGCUGUUACUUUAACAACAUCGAAGCAUCAGGAGGCCUGGAGUUACACUAUACCGAAUCUUGAGCCCGAGUCAGCUGGUCUAGACAGACUUCUGCUGCCUGACUGGAAUUUUGCCUCGACACGUAAUUACAUUUACUCUCGACCGGAAUGCCAUAUCGCCGCACAAAAUUUGCCUUAUAUUCGCCCAAGUGUGUUGUGGGUAUAUGGUGGGAAAAGCUACCUUUCACCUCUCGACGAGCAAGACUCGAAGCUUAAUGCUACUGGCACCGGAGUUGGUGGCAGUGGAGGUGUCAAAGAGGGAAUGGUUGCCAAAGCUGUUUUGGAAAAAGGAUCUCACACACUUGUACUAGAAGAUGUCGAUUGGAGUGCGACUGUUGCUUCUGGCUGGAUUCAAAAAUGGUUCUCGAAGUGGAUGGAGGAAGAAGGUUUCUGGGAAAGCUAUCGGAGCAAACGCUCAGAUGCAGAAAUGUUGCGGCUUUCUGAACAAGCUUUCAAGGUCUCGCAAUUGAAGGCUGUAACUGACAGAACAAAGGUAAAGUUAUGA